AUGUCUUAUAUUAAACUCAAAUGCAAGCAUCUUUGUUUACUUAUCAUAAUCCUUAUAGCAGUAUUUAUUGCCGUUAAUGAUGCUUCUCCAACAUAUGAACUGAAGGAUUCGAUCAGCAUUCUUCGAAAACGACAAGAACCAAAAGAUCCCGAACCAAAAGAUCCCGGACCGAAAGAGCCUCAACCGAAAGAGCCUGAACCAAAAGAACCCGAACCACCGAAAGAGCCUGAACCAAAAGAGCCCGAGCCACCGAAAGAGCCUGAACCAAAAGAGCCCGAGCCACCGAAAGAACCUGAACCACCAAAAGAGCCCGAGACACCGAAAGAGCCUGAACCACCAAUAGAAACAUGCGCUUCUCCCAAUGAUCCACGAUGCAAACCUCCAUCAGGAGUCACUCCGAUAGUUGAGACAUCUGUGCAAACAUCAAUAGAAACAAUAAUGCCAACUCCAGAUAAUAAUAAUGGUGAUAAUAAAGAUGAGAAGAAAAAAAAUCAAAAUAAUGAUGAAAAGAAGAAGCAACAUAAAAUAACGUCUUAUACAACAAUCACAACCACAGUUACAUUAUAUUACGCCGGUUAUACCACAACAAUUACAACUACUAACUCUUUAGGAAAAAUUACAACCUUCGCAACAUACAUUCCUCCAUCCACUGUAAUUGUGGUAAAAACAAUGGUCUCACCAGUCACUCUUGCGGUUGAUGAAGACCUGUCGAGUACGACGAUAAGAUUACACGAAUUUAAUAGCCACAGCUUGUGGGGAGUUACAAUGAGUUUGAUUGUAGUCUUCGCAUCUUUGAUUAUUAGUGUUUUCGCGUAA